GUGGGUUGAUACAAUUUUGAGCUGCAGGAUCCUCCUGCUUUCACAGGAGGCAUCAACGCCGGCAGAAGUUGAAGAUAACUGAACCACAGUUAGUGUUAAAGUCAGCCUACCUCUCAGAGUGACCAUGAGAGUCCUCCUACUCAUCUGCAUGCCAGUUCUGCUUGCUCAAGCCCAGUACCAGGAACAGGUUCUGUUUCCGGAUGCUAAUUAUUAUUAUUCGCCAGAACUUUUUGGACCAGAAUCUCAAAAUCCGGACACUUUUCCAGAAUCCUACCAGCAACAGGUCCAGAUAGAGCCUGCGGUCGUUCCAGAAAAGUCAGGUCCUACCUUUGAGACGGAGCCCACCGAGCCUGGACCUCUCGACUGCAGAGAAGAGCAGUAUCCCUGCACCAGACUCUACUCAGUGCACAAACCAUGCAAGCAAUGUCUGAACAGCCUCUGCUUCUACAGUUUGCGCCGGGUUUAUGUCAUCAACAAGGAGAUCUGCAUGAGGACCGUGUGCGCACAUGAGGAGCUGCUCAGAGCGGAUCUGUGUCGCGAUCAGUUCUCUCGCUGUGGCGUGAUGGCGCUGAGCGGUCAGUGUGCAUCGAUUGGAGGAAGCUGUGGGAAAAGCUGCGGAGGCUGCUGAUCAGGAUCAGGAUCAGGAUCAGGAAGGCUGCCUGCCAGGACACUCGUCUCUGUCCCCCUCCUGACUCUUCCAGAAUGACUCCAUCCUCUUGUGCGAAAAGCACUUUGAAUAUGUUUGUCUUUUAAGUUUUUCUUAAACAGAUGUCUGCCCAGCAGAUCCUGUGUACUAUUAGGGAUCAUCAAUAACACUGACGAUUAUGUGAGUCACUGGUGCUAUAAAACUUUUAGAGGUGCACAUAAAACCAUGAAAACUCAUUUUAUUCCUUUUUUAAGUCUUUUUAAUAUUGUGCCAUAUUAAUUUCACAUUUUGUUUGUUGAUCUGUUCCUAUAUUUUUGUUGAAAAGCAGUCAUUACUGAGAUGAUCAAAGCUCUGAUAUGAUACAAAGCUAGUUAGUAUGCAGCAAUUGUGUGUCUCUGUUUAAAAUCAGGAGAUAUGUGAAACAGGUCCUCAGUGAGGCUAUUGCAGCAGAACAGCAACCACUGAUAUAAAGUGGUGUUCAAAAACCUCCUCUGUACUACUGCUUAGUAAAAGUGUCAAUAUAAAGACUGAAAAAUAAAAUGUUUGAACUACA